AUGCCUCAGCGCGGCGACAGAGCCAUACAGCAGGGCCCGGUGCAACCCGAAGGCAAAGUGCUCAAGGCUAGCCCGUCUGGCGGGCUCCACCGAUUUCAGCAGCUACCAGACGAGCUCAAGGUCAUGAUCUGGAAGGAGGCACUUCCACGAGACAACAUACAGUAUAUUUCAAUCGACCUCGAUGAGGAGAAGAACUCCGAUCCGCGGCAACAGAGUCAAACCCUGACUACCAUGACUGCCACACUCGCGGAGUUGAAGAAGUCGACAUGGUGGCACAGACAUAAUAUUAGCCGAGUCAAUCGUCUUGCCAACGGAGUUGUGAAAUCACUCCCUCGGCGCAGUCUACUCUGCAGGUCGGCGGCUUUCCCCAAGAAGGGGAAGGCUGGUGGCAUUAUCCAAGCGGUCGACAUCGGCCUUGCGAGUGAGGUGGUCUGCAUCCACUUUACCGGGCCGAAUCCUAUGGGCAUCUUCGAGGGGCUGUUGGUGCAGCACACCAUCAUGAGACCUCUGCAGAAGCUGAGAAGGCUCGCCAUCGACCUAGACAACCUUUCUGGGCGAGGUCUCAACAAAAAGCAGAGGGACUGGUUUGACAACCCAUUGGUGUGCAUCUGCAACCAGGGCUGGCAACAUACAACCAAGGCUUUCUGCCCUCGAGUGCUCCGCUAUUGGCUGCUGGAUUUACGCGGUCUCCAGACUUUUUACGUCAUGUGCAGACUGGCCCAACUGAAAGAUCUGGACAAGGAGUACGUGAAGGUGCUUAAAGAGGCGGGCGGCUCGGAAGUGCCUCUCCCCGCACAGAACAAUGCCAGGAGCAAGAGUGGAAACUCUAAACGGGCUCCGAUGAGGAGGAAGCCAAAUGCUCGAGAGAUGCUAUUGGGCGUAAUGAAACGAUUCAAAGAGACAGCCAAGAGGGAGCGACUUGAAGUAUACGAGGACGCCCAAACUGCUUACUACGAAGUGCGUGAGCAAGACAGCGAACCCCUUGCCAUCCAUCGAGACAUCUGGCCCUUACUGAGAGAAACGUGGAUGGAGGGCGAACCGGAUGAGGUGAAACAUUUCCGCCGUGUGUCGUACAAGCUGCUUGUGGGCUGCGGCCUGAAAACUCGGGCCUGAAAGCAGGGAGGUAAGGUCAACGGAGGUCGGUCAUAUUUUGGUCACAGGAGCACAAAGCCACUUCCUAGCGUGCCAGCAGGCAAGUUCGUGCUGUUCCAGAGUCUCAGUCAAUGGUUUAAAGCGAGAUGUGGUUCAGAUGGCAGAAGUGCUCGUCGUGCAAUGCAUAGCAGACAGAUGCCC